AUGGCUCUUUCAUCGCAGUCAUUGAACAAACGUAGUUGCCAAUUUGGCUAUGGUUUGGGAUCAAGGCCUAAUUCUUCUGCUAAUGGAUCUCCAUCUAAUGGAUCCAAUGGACCAAAAAGAAUGUGUCUUGGACUCGCCAAAGACGCUUUGUCAUACCGUUCUGUUGUUGCGUUUUGUUCCUCAUCUGAAAAUGAUGAUGAUCUGGAUGAACAAUCAUGCUACAAUGCCGAUCAGGUGAAGGCUAAGAGAAGGGCUUCUACACGUAUGUCUUUCUCAGUCAACCCUAAUGUAUCGCGUGCGAUUGCGAAAUACAGUGAUGAGGAUGAUGAACAUAACCAAGAUGACCUCAAUGAUGAGAAUAUUGAUUGUAAGCUACUCUCCUCUACUGGAUCUUCUAUAUGUCUUGGUAAAUUGAAGCGCAGAGGUACAUUGAUGUCUGAUGACUAUGCUAAUGCUAAUGUCAACUCUGGAGUUUCAAACUAUAACGCGGCUGCAUCUUCUCCAAUGAAGCGUUUGGUACCUUUAUCUGAUAAGAAUGCAAGAAGUCGUUGCUUUGAUUAUUUAGUCACUGCUAUCGACGAAGCCUGGGCUCGUUAUUGUAAUGCCACUUCAUAUGCAGAAGACGAAGAAUAUGGUUAUUCCAAACCACAAAUGUAUGCUAAUACACCUGCAUCAGUUGCUACAGAUGAUGAGGAUUACUUUGGAAAUUCUACUGACAUCACUGAUUAUGAAGAUUGUGACUUUGAUCAAGGUUCCAAGCAACAUAGAGUAAAAGGCAGCCAUAAACAACAAAUGUACCAAAAACUGCUGCCUGUAAAGCCAACUUGCUCUUCUGAAUACAAUCCAUCGUCAAGUCAAUUACAAGAAUUGAAAGAUCGAUUGACAAAGGCAAAGUAUUUUUUGCAAGAUUUGGUUGACUCGGAAGAUGUACUCGAUGUCAAUUCCUUCUGGAAACGUUGGGAUAUGAUUAAGUAUGCAACCAUUGAAUUGGUUGAAGAUGAUGAUGAUGAUGAAAUUGUUGAAGGAACAAUUGAAGAGUUGGAAGAAGGUCGCUUUUACGCUAACUAA